AUGGAUCAAGCGCUCACAUGCUCGAGCGGCUACGUCCAGCUCGGGUCGGUGCGCCGGCUGUGGUACACGCUGUGUGUGUGCUGUAGCUGCAUUGGUGUCGCGUAUGUCUCGGCACGACAGAGAGCGACGACGCCAUCGUCGCUCUUCCUCUCGUCGGCCGGAAAGUACAUGCUUCGAACGCACAAGUACAACGGACUCGACUACAUUGACAAGGCGUCUGGCCUCAUGGCCGGCCUCGUCUCGCUCCAAUGGCACGCCCACGGCUUCUACGUCUUUGAUAUCAAAAAGUGGCGCUUCCUGUACGUCGCGUCGCCCGAAGCCCCGGGUCGAUUCGCCCACGCGAUCCCGCUGCGGCAUUGA